AUGCGCACGAAAUCCAGAGCACCAGAAGAAAAGCCAGCAACCGACAUUAACGAAGUGAAACGACGGUCCAUCCGGCAAAACCGCGAACUCGCAAAGUACAGCUCCGCGCAAUUCCUCAAGAUCCAGAGUCUUCAUCUCGAAAUCAGCAAGCUACUAUCAAACAAUCUGCAACUUCGAGAGCGAGUACUGGGAUUAGAGAAUCAGCUUCAAGACACAAGGCGGCAAGCCUCUAAUGCAACGAUCGGGCGGGUGAAGGCGCACGAUCAGGAGUCUGAAACCAACAAUCUGGAACUUCAAGAGCGAGUACCUGGAUUGGAGAAUGAGCUCCAAGGCGCAAGGCGGCAUGCCUCCAAUGCAGCAAUCAAGGCGGAUCUACGAUCGAAGUUGGCGGAACUGAGCGGCAUGGUCGAAGAGCUCGAGGAUGAUGGCACAGCGGACAUCGAUUUCGAGCGGGAAGUGGUUGGAUCGGCGUUGCAUUGGGUGCGUAAUGGCCCACGCGAGCUGGCUGAGUUGAGAGGUGAUGGAACAUACGGCGUAGUCCUGAUUCGUGGUGGCCUGCAGUUGACAUCGAGACUCAUAUGCUUCCUCUUCCUCUCUUUAACACCUCUCCCGCCGUAUCAGCCUUUCGAGUUCGCUCUACACAAUCCGACCGAGCUGAUAUUCCUCGCCCGUCCCGCGGUCGAAAUCACAUCGGUAAAUCUCCACCUCGAUGUCUUGGCCCAUCUCGCUAUUCACUCGAACUUACGUACGGAAUGCGCAUUAUCGCUGAUCGCCCUGCUCUCCGACUCGGAUUGUGUUCGCCUAGGAGGAGUACGGUAUCCUUACUUUUACCGGCUCUUCGGCCCAAUGCCUUGCCGCCUGCCUGCUAUACGAGAGCGCCAAAGCGAAAAUUCUUUCUCUGGCCACGCCGAUGGAUGGAAGGAUUGGACCGAAGUGCACCGCAAGGCACGCAUUGACAUUACUUUACGUCUAAGCAAAAGUGCGGCGACUGGCAGUCCAGAUAUUGGUCCUCCACCCGCGGCACACUUGAUUUUAACAGCCGGAAGACGAAUCGAAGAAUGUGAAGGAUGUGUCCCCGCCCAUCCUGGAAGAGGACUCGCGACUGUCAAUUUGGAGACAAGAAGGAAGCAGAAGAAUAUUGCGUCAGAGUUGGAGAUGAGACGGUCAUCGAUACUCGCACAGUCGCUGGUGAAGCCAGCUAGAGAUGUGGCACCUUGGCCACUCCGAACCGGCGCGAACAUGGAGGAAGCCGGCGGAUCGCGAUGUAUCUUCCUCGUCCUGACAAUCUGUCUGUCCUUCGCUGCUUUAAGCCUCUCUUCCUGCUCCUACCGGUCUGAACCGUCUUCAACAUCACCAUCCCUUGUUAUCCACGUCGCCGCCUUUGUCCAUCCCUCCCACACGUCCAUCACCUCCAGAGCCAGCCCAAACUUCGCCCGCCGCAUCGUACAGCACGGCGCGAAGGCCUUCAACAUCAGCAAUGCCCUCGGACCCGUGUUGGUCUGCGGAGCUCUCGGAGCUGCUUGGGCUUGA